AUGGCCUCUAUAGCGAGUGCAGAGUACCCGCCAAAGUUAUCUCAGGAGGAGGAGCAGUACCUGCUGGAAACUCUCAAGGACUGGUCCAUAGCGCAUGGCCUAGCGGUGCGUCCCGCGCCCUCGUUCGUCAAUCACUCGCAGGACCCGUCAGGUGUAUUGGCAAGCACAGCUCCCGUCACCUUGUUCCCCAGUCUUUUCCCACGCUCUUGUUUCGAGCAGGGACUCGCCAUACAGAAGGCGUACAACGAGUUAUACUCGGCAAUCGCAAGGGACGAAUCAUGGUUGAAGAGUAUUGUGGAGCAGCUUUUGGAUGUAGACGACUUUGUUGCAAAGCUAUGGCAUACCCAUCUCGAGGUCAAAAAGCAAGGCUACGUACAAGAUCUCUCGUUGGGACUUUUCCGCUCAGAUUACAUGGUACACCAAGAUCUGUCCCAAUCUAAGUCUCCACCUGGACUGAAGCAGGUAGAGUUCAACACCAUUGCAUCGUCAUUUGGUGGUCUCUCUAGCCAGGUUUCGGCGUUGCACAAAUAUCUACUCACUGUUGAUGCUUACCCUAAAUCGGCACUCUCAACCAUCAAAAAGGAGGCGCUACAACUGAGCAAAUCUGCCUCUUCACUAGCAAAAGGUCUCGCUGCGGCGCACAAGGCAUAUGGAUCAUCGCGCACUGGCCGACCUCUCUGCGUUCUGUUCGUUGUUCAGGACCCUGAAAGGAACGUCUUUGAUCAGAGGCAUCUCGAAUAUGCUUUGCUUGAAGAAAACGGCGUCCGCUCAUUUCGCUUGCCGUUUGGCCAGACCUUGACUCAUACGAAGCUUGACUCGGAUCGCACAUUAGUCUAUACGCCACCAAAUUCGCCAGCGACACCGUACGAAGCAACGACUGUCUACUUCCGAGCAGGGUAUUCACCAGAUGAUUACCCAAAAGAUGAGGACUGGGUAGCGCGCCUCCAUCUUGAGAAGAGCCGAGCAAUCAAAUGUCCCAGCAUCUUAACCCACCUUGCUGGAUGCAAAAAAGUGCAGCAGGUCCUCGCAACGCCACACUCUCAACAUCUUAAGCGCUUCCUCUCCGAUGACCAGGUUGCUGCGCGAGUGCUAGAGACAUUUGCGCCCAUCUACCCACUAGACAAUAGCGAGGCUGGUCAUGAAGCACGAAAACUUGCUACAGACACGUCGACAGCCGUCAAGUACGUGUUGAAGCCUCAACGGGAGGGAGGCGGGAAUAACGUUUACCGGAAAGCCAUCCCGCCGUUCUUGGCAAAGCUCCCCGAGAGCCAUUGGCCAGCGUAUAUUUUGAUGGAAAUGAUCGAGCCGCCUCCGCUGGAAAAUGCCAUUUUGCGAAACGGAGAGCUACAGAGGGGCGGUGUUAUUUGCGAGCUGGGCGUUUACGGCGCGUGUCUUUGGAGAGAUGGCAAUGGAGCUGACAACAAGGGCGAGAUACUAGAGAACUUUGAAGCCGGUUAUCUUCUCCGCACAAAAGGCGACCAGAGCGAGGAGGGCGGGGUGGCUGCAGGUUUUGGAGCCGUAGAUAGCUGCUGCUUAGUGGACGAGUGA